CAACAGCUCGACAAUGGAAAACUUUGCAAGCUGAAACGGUUGCAUUGGCUAUUGGCGAGAGGCAAGGUUGAAACUCGUAGAAAAAGAAAGAUGGGCACGUGAAGGCAGUGUAUGCCUGUGUGCGCGUUCCGCCGUUUGCGGGCAAGGAUGAUUUUCAACUUAGAUGGUAAACCGUGUGCCUAGAGAUGGAGGACAAGACCAGCCGUGCAGUUUACCUCCGUCGCUGUCCGCAUGUGAGCGUUACUUGGACAUUCUGCCAUCUGCAUCCCCUGAUCACCCGUAACAGAUCUCCUUGGAUCGCACCAACAUGUCCGAGAACCUGUGAAUUCCGAGGCACAGACUCACCUCGUUGUCCGGUAGUUCCAAACUUUGACUCGAUCUCCUCUCACCGGCGGUCAAUGCUAUGUACUAUUUCCACUCUCUCGACGGUGCUAAGCUUUUCCAGGUCAGUCAUUAACUGUUCUGCGCUCACACGUCGUCUAAUCUCCUCAACAAAUGAUAGGAAUGAUGGAGUUUGAUCCCUCUGUGUCGAACAUACCAAGUGCGAAUGGGGCGGUCCCGCAGUUUGUUUUCGGCCCGUCUGUAUGAACUUGUACACACUCCGUUCGACUGCGAGGCUAUUCCAAUCUGUGUUUGAGCAUGACAACCGUUUGUCAAGCUAUGGCGUUCCAGUUCCUCGACUUUAUAAAGACCUUCGAGUCUCCAUGUCCCAUCUUCAUUCGAUAACCUAUUCUCCUCAUUUGCCCUCACUCCCGCAUGCCUCACUUCAAGACUCACCUAACUGUGCUCGAACAGAGUGCUUCACUCUACGCAUCCUCUCCCGCUUUCAAAGUACCACGCCUGAAUCCCGAGACGCAGGAGAUCUUGGAAUGGCAUUCGAUUAGCUAUAGCCAGUUCCUUGCCGAUGUUGAACUGUUUGCCAAGUUCUGGACACAACGGUUUAGCGCAGAUGGGGUCCCACCACGAUCCGUAGUUGGUGUAUGGCUUGGUGGCAUGACGUACCUUGAUGCCAUACACAUCUACAGCAUAGCGCGUGCUGGAUAUGUGCCACAGUUCUUCUCUCUUCGACUUCCCAACCCUGAAGUAAUCUUCGAGUUGUUGGCGAAGUCAAAUGGGAAAGCUCUUAUUUACGACUCUUCCUUCGCCGACAUUGUCCACACGAGUCCCGUACCCGCUCACAUCGCGAUUGAUGCCCGCAACGUAUCCAUAGCGGAUGUAUCCCUGCCACCUGUUGCACCAGACGUCAACGGUAGCGAUACUUUGAUGAUCUUCCAUACAUCUGGUUCGACAUCUGGCCGUCCGAAGCUCGUGCCAUGCAGCUACGCGUGGUGGCAGGAAUGUCUUCGUAAAUCGGCGCUCGCUACUAUCCCUCCCAAUCCGCAUCGACAGGACGUCACGACGUGGAUGGGAAGUCUGUGUCAUAUUGGACAGACCUUCAUGUAUUCAGGUUUCAUUCAGCACGGAUCGUGUGCAAUACAAAUAUCGUCUCAGGCCUUUCCUUCCUCUGAACUCAUGGACAUGAUCACCCGUUGCCACCUGAACCGCCUCGUUCAAUUCCCCACAUACCUGACGGCACACAUACGUGAGUCGCGGCACAAUCCGAAACUCCUAGCCAUGCUGCAAGGCUUGGAUGAGAUCUUCUAUUCGGGUCUGAUGCUGUCUUCGGAUGACGAAGAUUGGAUCCUUCGUCACGGUAUUAAUAUCAGGAACUGCUUCGGAAGUACCGAGUGCGGUGCCAUGCUUCUUUCUACCCCCGGAAAGUCCGUGCCUCUGGUGCCUAUGGAAGGCACCUCCUACGGGUUCUUCCCCAUCAACUCUUCGUUGGAUGGACCACAUCAGAACGCGAACGCCCGCACAUUGGAGCUUGUCAUUCUGUCAGAUUCCGGGGAUUGCCCAGAUCCAUCGCUUCGUGCUGCAGACGGCCACUACCACACUGGUGACCUCUUUCUUGAGUUGCCGGGAGGGGGCUACGUCUCUCGUGGCCGAGAUGAUGAUUGGAUCAAGUCAGAGAACUCACUUCGUUGUGACACGAAAGCCAUCGAAGACAAUGUUCGGGCAACUUGUGCGGAUCUCGUCUCCGAGUGCAUUGUAGUUGGCAAUGGGCGACCGUCUCCCGCACUCUUCGUUGAAGCUGCGGAUCCGAAUAUGAACGAGGAGAGACUGAAGAAGGACAUCAUCCGAAGGACACGUCACUUCCACUCUAGACGAUAUCUCCACGAACGUAUUUCUUCCACCAACUUCAUCUUGGUCGUCCCUAGGGACACCUUACCGCGAACGGCUUCGAAGGGCAACGUUCGCCGCAGAGCGGUCGAGGACACAUUCAAGACACAGUUGGACCGCAUGUAUGGUGUUGCAUGCUGAGCCUAAUAGGUGGCAUAUCCUACCAUUACUUAUAAUCUAUUUUUCUAUGUGGAGUUGUACAAAAUUGUAGGCGAGGUCGCCUUCUCCUUCAUAUUGGCAUUUAAUUACUUAAUGGACACGCUUCAUCAUACCUUAUUAGUUCAUAAUUAUACUACUUUCUUAUAAAUCACCGAUUGUUUUCUCCUCUGUUUCAUUCGCAACUUUUUGAUAAAGUUUCAUCACCUGCCUUCAUUAGCAUCUUAAGUAUUUUUAUGUAGCACAAGCAUACCAGUCUCCACGUGUUUGAGUAGUGUUGAAGUAUCAAGCAUGUUCUAGUCAAUUUAACAGACCAAUAGAGCGUUCUUAACUCUUC